GUGUUAUCUCACAGUGGUGUCCUUUUGUAAUGGUUGGCCGCCUAGGGUAAUCGUUACAUCCGAUGAAGGCCGGGACAAGGCAGCCCCACCUUCCGGUGCAAUGCCUGACGCCAUUCCAACUCUCUGUUCGCCACUGUCAUGCUCCCGCUUUGCGAACACCUCGGAGGACACCGAUAUCAGGAUGUUUGGUUGGCUAUUCGACCGACGAGUAGCGCCGCGGUCUCUCGCGUCUUCGGAUGAGCAGUUCCGUCGCGAAUACGUCGCGAUGACGGGCUUGAUUUGGCCACAGACGUGGAUUAGCAGAGAAGAUCUACCACCCGUUGACGCUGCACUUGAGCCAUGCGUCCAAGAAUUACUCACUACCGUUUCUGCCAUCAAGUCCAAAAAUGAAAAUGCAGUGAAACUUUGGCAUCCGGAUGAAUUCCCAGUCGACCUGCGAAUCCUUGAAGAGAGUUUUUCUGCAAUCUUCCAAGCGUCGCGCCGUUCCCGUGAAAAGAAGGAUAAUGGCGAUCAAUGUGAAGUAUCGUGGCGUCAUGAUCUUGAUCGUCUUCUGUUCGACUUCUUCAUCCGUCUCGUUGAGUCCGAUAGUGGAACUCUCUCGGGUGGCGCCACAUCCAUUGCAGAUCUUGAAGAUCCACGAGUUCGCCCAACUCUUGAAACUACCCUCCGCUUUCCCAAGAGCGAUGUGCUGCGACCCAUCCCGAACGGGUUUGAGCAAUCAAUGGAGCCCCUACUUUAUUCUGAUCGUCGCGCCACCGAACAGUUGCUUGAGUCACGUGGUAGUGCUGUUGAAGAAAAGCGACGAGUUUCCAACACCGAACUAGCGCGCUAUGCCUACGUUACUUCUCAGUUUUCGCACUGGGUGAAUCAAAGGCAGGACGAGAAAGAAUCCGUCACGAUAAUAAACCUUGGAAGGUUUCCGAAGGACGGAAAAUGUGAUGCAUUAGGGCGUUUGCGGGUGAGGCUCUCAGGUGUAUCAGGUAAACAUCUUGGCCAGUUCCCACUCGUCCGUACCCAUCCGUCAGAUGAGGCUGGGGCCAGUGAUGCGGCGAAGCCCGGGGGUUCCAAGCGCGACGAUAGUGUCCACAGUAAACCCCGCCGAUACACAAUUUCCACGGCGGCAUCACCCUUCCUUCGGACUGAUGUGGCCACAACAGCCGCCGUGGACACGAUAACUUCACAGUUACAGCAUUUAAAGAUUGAGGAACAGGAUUCGCUUUUAGAUUUGCCUCUCGUCGCGGUGGAGUACAAGAAGAAAUCGGGUAAUAUGGCGCAAGCAACGAACCAGCUCAGGAUGUACCUCACUGCGUCGGUCAAGUUCUUGGAGGCCGUGCGCAUCACGGACUUCCCUGUAUAUGGGGUUGAGGCCGAUGGUUCUGUCGUGUCCCUGCCCGUGGCAGUCCUGCGAAGUGAUGACAGUGGGAAUAUCGUCCACCUCUUUGAACGGCUAGUUGAAAAGCUGGAUAUAUCCUCACCGUUGGGAGCAUGGCACUAUGCAACGAUCCUGUGUCGGCUCGCGAAACUUCACGCUGAGGUCCUUGAGACGAGGUUCGAAACGGUCAAGGAGCCCCUGACCACGGCAUUGCGCAGUGGGAGUACAAGGAUGGAGCAAUGGACGAUCACCCACCAACUUGCUACGCUGGUGGCAGAGAAUAAAGUGAAAUUCAGUGAGCCGCAAAAAAAGGGCGGGAAGAAGUAGUGUAUUGCUCGGGGGAUACCGAUACCUUUGUAAAAUCAGGCCUACAUAUGACUAUCACAGGGGUUGAACUGCCAGCAUGCAGGAUAUAUGAAUCUCUUAGUAAUCUCUUAG